ACCCAGGGGGCAGCACAAAAUAUCCGGCGUUGUCUGCUACGCAUGCGCAAGCUGCGCAGGCCUUUUUCCUUUUCCGUUUUCGCGGCUUAUGACGUAAGCCAUGUCUCUCCGGCCUUUAAUUAAGCCGAAGAUCGUCAAGAAGCGGGUGAAGAAGUUCAUCCGCCAUCAAAGUGACCGAUAUGUGAAGCUUAGGCCAAACUGGCGGAAGCCAAAAGGUAUUGACAACCGGGUACGUCGGCGCUUCAAGGGCCAGUACUUGAUGCCAAGUAUUGGUUAUGGUAGCAACAAAAAGACAAAACACAUGCUGCCCAGUGGGUUCCGUAAAGUUCUUGUACAUAACAUGAGGGAGAUGGAGAUGUUGAUGAUGAUGAACAGGCGGUUCUGCGCCGAGAUUGCACAUGGCGUCUCCUCGAAGAAGCGAAAGCAGCUGGUGGAGAGGGCGCAACAAUUGUCAAUCAGAGUGACCAACGCAAAUGCUCGUCUCCGCUCGGAAGAGAACGAAUAAACCUAUGUUGUAUUUCCAAA